AUGAGACCCUGGUCAUCGCGCGCAAUGCUUCCCUUGCAGCGCCAGGCUCUACGAACCCCUCUGGCGGCCCAGUCCCUUCGCUCUGUAUUUCCACCCUCAGUUGCGUUACACAACACACGCAGAUGUCUUGCAACACAGUCAGAGAUAUCCGCCACCCUAGCACGGUCUGAGGACCAAAAAGAACGGGUUGUGAUACUCGGAUCUGGCUGGGGUGGAUACACUCUCUCGCGGAGACUAUCACCAAAGAAUUUCUCACCUCUGAUCAUCUCCCCUCGCUCCUACUUCGUGUUCACUCCUCUCCUUACCGAUGCGGCCAGUGGAUCCCUCGAUUUUUCAAACAUCGUCGAGCCUGUGCGUGAUCCACGCGCCAAGGUCGACUUCAUCCAAGCAGCCGCGCGGGCUAUCGAUCUCAAGAAGAAGACGAUAUUAUGUGAGGCAACCGUCGUCAAGAGUGGUGUCACCGAGUCACCACGAACGGAGGAUAGAGAAACCGAAGAGGGCCCCGAAACCACAAACAAGAAACCAAUGCAAGACCAGCGUCUAUGGGAACAAGGAGAGAUAUUCGAAGUUCCCUAUGAUAAGCUCGUCAUCGCGGUGGGUGCCGUCAGCCGCACGUUUGGAACUCCUGGAGUGCGAGAGAAUGCCAUGUUCUUCAAGGACAUUGGUGACGCGAAACGGGUGAAACGUCGUGUGCGAGAGUGCUUCGAGCUGGCUGUUUUGCCGACUACCACAAAGGAGAUGCAGAAACAUUUGUUGAACUUUGCGAUUGUUGGGGCUGGUCCAACUGGUAUCGAACUCGCAGCUUCGUUGCGCGAUUUCAUCUACGACGACAUGAUGGCUCUAUACCCGACGCUUGAUGCGCCCCCCAAGAUCACUUUGUAUGACGUUGCACCCCAAGUGUUGUCGAUGUUUGACGAGUCAUUAUCUCGCUACGCGAUGGAGACAAUGAAGAGUGAAGGCAUCGAUAUCAAAACAUCCCACCACGUCAAAAGCUUACGCUGGGGCCCGCCAGGUGCUUCAUCGACGCAUGAGAUGGAUCCCAAGCGCUGUCUGACCCUUGAUACCGAAGAGGAAGGUCAGGUGGGCGUAGGAAUGUGCGUUUGGGUAACCGGUAAUGCUAUGCCCAAAUUCAUCACGCAGUCUCUCGGGACCGUCAACUUCCCAACGGACUCGGUGAAAACCAUCGAUGGCUCGUCUCCGUCCGCAAAUGCAGAGCAAGAAUCAUGGAAGUUCAAGAAAGGUCCUAGGAAAGGUCCAUUGCUAGUUGAUGGCCACCUUCGGGUCCAGCUACAAAAUGAGGCUGGGCAGACAGCAGUUCUCCAAGACGUUUUUGCUCUCGGUGACAAUGCGAUGCCAGAGACUGGUGCCCCUCCUGCAACGGCACAGGCUACUUUCCAAGAGGCCAAAUGGCUAGCUUCUCAUCUGAACAAGAGUGAUCUGGAUCAAACACCAUCUUUCUCUUUCCGCAACAUGGGCACAAUGGCGUACAUCGGAAAUGAGCGAGCAUUGAUGCAAAUCCCACAUGAGGAUGACGGAACCACUCGCAGAUAUUUGCCCGAUGGAAUCAAGGGACGAACUGCCUCGCUCGUCUGGAAAGCAGCUUAUAUUACCAUGAGUAUCAGCUGGCGCAACAAGUUCAGGGUGGCUUUCCGCUGGACCCUGAACAAGCUAUUUGGAAGAGAUGUCUCCCGCUUCUGA